AUGCAUGUUGUUGUUUUGGAGCUUCCGUUUUUCAAUCGUUCAACACCAACAAAGGGAUUUGCUUAUUUGGUUCGCUUGAUAAAACAGAUCAGCUUUUGCUUCGGCAACACUCUUGAUUCCAAUUUGAUCAAACGGAAGAUAGUCGUAUGUACGGCCUCACAACAUGAAUCUAGUUUCGACAAGAGCAUUGUUGUCAGAGAUGGUGGCGGUAUUGGAAUCAUUCUUACUGAUCAAAUUUCUGGAAAUGAAGAUGUUGGCUACGAACAUGUCAUUCCAACUACUAUUCUUGACCCAAAACAAGUAGAAACUCUUCAAGACUACUUUAUCCUAAAUAACCAAUUGAAGCCAACUGCAAGAGGAUGCUCAGCAACAAUAAAAAUUGGCGCCACAAUUCAAGCACCAAAGAUGGCCGUGUUCUCCUCCAGAGGUCCAAAUCCUAUCGCCCCAGACAUUAUCAAACCUGAUAUUACAGCGCCUGAUGUGAACAUAUUGGCUGCAUGGCCUCCAGCAUCUGGAGAAGGAGUAGGCUAUUAUAAGUUUGAAUCAGGAACAUCCAUGUCAUGCCCACAUGUUUCUGCGGUUGCUGCUAUUAUAAAGAGUUACCAUCCUACUUGGAGUCCAGAAGCUAUAAAGUCAGCCAUAAUGACAACAGCUACUGAGAUGGAUAAUACUAAGAGACCCAUGGUGCGAAAUCUGCAUGGUUCUUCAACGACACCACUUGACUAUGGAUCCGGACAUAUCAAUCCUGCAGCAGCAUUAGAUCCUGGGCUGGUAUACGAUUAUAAUACAACUGACAUGAUCAACUUCUUAUGCAAUAGUAUUGAUGUCAACCUGACAAUAUUUCCAAGUUUGGUGACUUGUCCAAACCCACCAAUUCCAAAUUAUGAUAUAAACUAUCCUUCAAUUGGUGUAUCUGAACUGAAUGGACAUGUAUUAGUUAGACGGACAGUCACGUACUGCGGACAAGGGCCAACAGUUUUUAAAGAAAAUUUAUUGGCACCAGCCGGAGUGACAAUCACACUGAAACCAAAAGAACUGGAGUUCAAAAAAGCUGGUGAGCAUAAGUCCUUCGAUGUUAAUUUUGUGCCUGACAAGACUAGUUUUGGAGGCGUAGUGUUUGGUUCCCUAACUUGGAGCAAUGGAAAAUACAACGUUAGAAGUCCCAUUCUCGUGGGCGUAAUCAAGAUGCAGUAA